GGAGGAUCUCCUCUCACCCUUUAAGGACUAUAGGAAGCUGAGCUUGGUCCCCUCCUCUUGCAAACCAGCCUGGUCUGGAGUCGGAGGGGGCUCCUUGCAGCCCCAAAAUGGAUCUCCAGUGUCUCAACUAUCGGGAUCUGGUGCUCAACCGACCCUACGUGCCCCAGGUCUCCUUAGAGACCGAUUACCCGACGCCACUGUACAGGUGAGUGUUUUGUCUCCUGCCCUUCUGUUUUUCCCAAUUAAGGUGCAAAAAAUAAUAAUAUUUUUUUGGACAAGUUUUAAUAAAUCUCCGGAACGCUGCUUUAUAAAACGUGGCCCGUUUUGCAGGAUUUCGUUCGAACUCUUAAAGGAUCAGCAGGUUUGAUUCCUGGGUUCAGGGACUCCCUUUGAAAAGCUGCCGGGCAUCUGAGAUGCGAGUGCCUCUGAGCGCGUGAAGAGCGUGUUUCUCUCGUCGUUACAGGGCUGCCGUAACAAAAUUUCCCAGACCUGUUCUGGUGGGAUUUCUGAAGGUCGUUUGAAAACGUCCGGGAAAAUCUAGGCCUAUGGCAACCCAUGUCUGAACUGUUGGGAGUUUUUUUUUUUGGGGGGGGGGUGAAUUUCCUAUUUAAAAAAUAGCUCAGAAAACUCCCGCCCCCCAUCCUCCUCCCCAUUUCAUCCUUGCAAUCUGGAUUUUCAAUUUUUGAAAUAGGGCAACCCGACAUUAUUUUCAUUUAUCGUAUUUAUAUAGCUCCUUUUUGUCUUCUGAAGAGGUUCCUAGGCAAUGUUCAUAGUUCUUCCCCUCCCCAUUUCAUUCUUCUAAUAACCCUGUGAGGUAGGUUAAGCUAAGAGAUGGUGCCUGGGCCGAGGUCACCCAAUGAGCCUUUCACGUCUUUGUGGGAAUUCGAACCCGGCUCUCCCGGGUCACAGCCUGACACUCUAACCAUUAGGACACACUGGCUCUUAUUAAAUGAAUUGUAGUCUAGGCCUCCUUCGGACAGCCGAUUCCGUUCCAGAACCAAAGCGUUCCAAACUCAAGGCGCGCUUUCCCAUAGAAAGGAAUGCAAAACGGAUUAAUCCGUUCCAGACUUUAAAAAACAACCCCUGAAACAGCCAUUGAACACGGAUUUUACUAUCUAACGAGGCCACUGAUCCAUAAAACGAAAUCAAUAAGCAGUGCACUGCAGUUGCGCAAUCAAUCAGUAGCUGAACUGCGUUCCACACAGUCACAAAAACAAAACGAAAAGAGCCGCAAAAGCAAAAACGCAAAAGGAAUAGCAAAAACAGACAGACCUCAGCGUAAUGCUCAAAAUGGAAGCUCAACACUCAAAAUGGAGCACGUUCGGCUUCUGAAAAUAGUUCGCAAACCGGAACACUUCCUUCCGGGUUUGUAGUGUUUGGGUUCCAAGUUGUUUGAGGACCAAGGCGUUUGAGAACCAAGGUACCACCGUAUAUAUAGACAGUGCUUUUUUUUUCUUCUUAAAAAAAUGUUAUGGGGUAUUCUCAUUUUCCUACUCAUAUUAAAAUACUGCCCCUCAAUGAGGCCAAACUUAGAUUCACAAAAUGUUUUGGGGUAUGCGUCCCCCUGCGUCCCCCAAGAAAAAGCACUAUCUAUCUAUCUAUCUAUCAUCUAUCUAUCUAUCUAUCUAUCUAUCUAACAUCUAUAUCAUCUAUCUAUCUAUUGAUCUAUCAUCUAUCUAUAUCUAUCUAUCUAUCUAUCUAUCUAUCUAUCUAUCUAUCUAUCUAUCUAUCUAUCAUCUAUAUCUAUCUAUCUAUCUAUCUUGGCCAAUAAAGUGAGAUGAGCACCGCAACCCCAGAGUCGGUUACGACUGGACCUAAUGGUCAGGGGUCCCUUUACCUUUAACAUGGGGAUUAGCAGCUAAUAAAAGUUUGGGUUCUCUUUUGUCUGGGGCUUCCAUCCUGUUCCACCUGGUGGCAGGUGGGAGUCCUGUCGUGAUAGUCUUCAAUAAAGACCAAGCCUACUGGCUGCUGUUUUGCUCUGGUAUCCUGGCUGGUGUCCUUGUUUUUUGUCCAAGGGAGCCCCCAGAUUUCUCCGUUAACAGUGUGGAACUGAUGGAUCCUUUGUGGGUGCCCGGCUAAUGUCUCUUUCCUCUCCCUGGACGCAGCGAUGAGUACCUGACGUUGAGGGGCCCACGGAACCCCCCCAUUCUCCGCCAGGCCGUUCGCUGGAAGUACACUCCAAUGGGGUGGGAUGCCAUCCCCCAGACCUGGUAUACGGGGCUGACCAACAGCCACAACCGCAACGCCUGGUACACCCUCACCGACCCGAUCGGCCGCAAGGCUUAUUACCGCUGGCAGAAGUGGCACGACCACAGAGAAAGGAAUCUACCAGCUGGUAAGGUCCAGGGACGCGGGUGGCGCUGUGGGUUAAACCACAGAACCUAGGGCUUGCCGAUCAGAAGGUCGGCGGUUCGAAUCCCUGCUCCUGCCAACCUAGCAGUUCGAAAGCACAUUGAAGUGCAAGUAGAUCAAUAGGUACCACUCCGGUGGGAAGGUAAACAGCGUUUCCGUGCGCUGCUCUGGUUCGCCAGAAGCGGCUUAGUCCUGCUGGCCACACGACCCGGAAGCUGGACGCCGGCUCCCUCGGCCAGUAAAGCGAGAUGAGCGCCGCAACCCCAGAGUCGUCCACGACUGGACCUAAUGGUCAGGGGUUCCUUUACCCUUUACUUAAGGUCCAGGGUCCUCAAUUGACCCCAAGAUCGACCUGCUGCAAGAUCCUCCUUAACUCUGGUUUUUUUUUGGGGGGGGGGGGGAGAACAAGGAAUUUGUGAACUCGAAAGAGCAGGGACAAUUUGCCUUAUUCCGAAUCAGACCACUGAGCUCAGUAGUGCCAGCAGCUCACCAGGGAUUCAGACAGGGGCCGGAUUUAGGUUUGAUGAGGCCCUCAGCUCCUGAAGGUAAUGGGGCCCUUUAUAUGUCCAGCUGGGACACGGGUUGCGCUGUGGGUUAAACCACAGAGCCUAGGGCUUGCCGAUCAGAAGGUUAGGGUUUCACUGGAGAAAUGUUGGAGGGGAUGGAAAAGGACGUCCCCGUUUUCAGGGGAGAAAUGUUGGAGGGGAUGGAAUAGGACGUCCCUCUUUUCACAGGGGGACACGGGUGGCACUGUGGGUUAAACCACAGAGCCUAGGACUUGCUGAUCAGAAGGUCGACGGUUCGAAUCCCCACGAAGGGGUGAGCUCCCGUUGCUCGGUCCCUGCUCCUGCCCACCCAGCAGUUCGAAAGCACCUCAAAGUGCAAGUAGAUAAAUAGGUACCACUCCGGCGGGAAGGUAAACAGCGUUUCCGUGCUCUGCUCUGGUUCGCCAGAAGCGGCUUAGUCAUGCUGGCCACAUGACCCAGAAGCUGUACGCCGGCUUCCUCAGCCAAUAAAGCGAGAUGAGUGCCGCAACCCCAGAGUCGGCCACGACUGGACCUAAUGGUCAGGGGUCCCUUUAUCUUUACCUAUACGUUCAGCUGUCCUUUGUCAACAACAAAUUUGAGAGCAAUCUACCCACCUUGCCACUUGGGACCUCCAAAGUGUGGUCAUUUGUGGACCUUAAGGUCCUCCGUGGGGCAGACCAGGAGAGGCGGUCCUGUAGUCCAAAAACAUCUGGAGGGCUGAAUUGGCCUAUGCCUGCCCUAGUCCAUCAGCUAGCUCCUUCCUGCAAAGUUUGGCGAACUUGUUUUGUGCAUACCAAUUUGCCCCAUGUGUGGGGCAGGUGGCCAUGGUUUUGGGGAAAUGGCCAGCGGGCCAAACAGGGACUCUUGCCAGAUCUUAAGGCUCUCCACCUCUGCCAAAGAGAGAGGGAGAAAGAAAUUAAAGUGGCGGCCUUUUCUGCUGCAGCGGCACGAGGUUGGCUCAAAUCUGUGUCUUCCGUUUUCUUCCAGCGUACGCUCAACAUCUGCAAGACAGCUGUUGCUUCGACCCCAUCGUCCCCGCCCAAUACUUGAGCCCUAAGACGAGAUGGGGGGCAUUCAUGUGGAGGGACAGACCCAUUCUCGGAAAGGAAUUUGGUAAGGAGGAGGGUUGCGUCUGGGCGGUGAAGAGGGGGAACCUGGGAGAGGGGCUGAGAUAUUCUCUGAAGAAAGGCAGUGGCAAUGCUCUGUCCCAUGAGACCAGGGCCCUGCAGGAUUUAACCUCCUUCUGCAGGGCCUGUAAGACAGAGCUAUUCUGCCUGGCUUUCAAUCUGAACUUCUUGUUGUUGUUCAGUCAUUUAGUGGUGUCCGACUCUUCGUGACCCCCUGGACCAGAGCACGCCAGCCACUCCUGUCUUCCACUGCCUCCCGCAGUUUGGUCAAACUCAUGCUGGUAGCUUCGAGAACACUGUCCCACCAUCUCGUCCUCCGUCGUCCCCUUCUCCUUGUGCCCUCCAUCUUUCCCAACAUCAGGGUCUUUUCCAGGCAGUCUACUCUUCUCAUGAGGUGGCCAAAGUCUUGGAGCCUCAGCGUCAGGAUCUGUCCUUCCAGUGAGCACUCAGGGCUGAUUUCCUUCAGAAUGGAGAGGUUUGAUCUUCUUGCAGUCCAUGGGACUCUCAAGAGUCUCCUCCAGCACCAGAAUUCAAAAGCAUCCUAGUCCUCAUGAACCCGAUUUCAACGGAAACAUCGGAUGUUGCCUCCUAUAGUUCCAACACUGGGGUCCUCUUUGCAGAGGAUCUCUGAGGUUUCGGGACGGGGACAUUCCUGGGCCUAUCUGGGACCUUCUGCACCCCGGGAUCUGCCUGAAAUCUACAGUUUUCUCUCUUUCUUCUCUCCCAGUGGUCAACCGCAACCGUGGCCCCGAGGAGCUGAAGGGGAAGCCCGGAUACGUGCCACACCUGACCAUCCACACUCCAAUGUUCACCGCCAAAGACUAUCGCACUUGGAGGAUGUUUGACCGACAGCCUUCGACCAAACACCAGCACUAGUAAAAAACUUUUCCCCCGCUGCUUCGCGUGACCCAGG